AACGCUAGCUCGGGCUCCAGCUCCAACUCUAGCUCGAAAAGCAAGUUUGGAGUAUGGCUCCAAAUAAUUUUAGGUUAUAAAAUCUGGCUCGAGCUCUGUCUCCAAAAUUGGCUCCAAAGCUAUCUCGAAAAUUUCGAGCUGGAGUACAUACUCGAAUUGUGGUUAUAAAACUUUCGAGUACGGAAAAUAUACUCCAAAUGGAGUAUGUAAAGCUUAAAUCUCGAGUAAGCUAAAGAGCUUACUCGAACUUUCAAGUUUGUACUCAGGGUGUCGUCUGCUUUCAUAGAAAUGGCUGCACAUCAACGCAUAGCCAACAGAGAACGCGUUCCGCGUAAUUUUAGGGAUAGGUCAAACCCACUGGAGGACUUGUCAGCUUCUGACAUAUUUGCAAGAUAUAGGUUUCACCCAGAUACCAUUAUGGAUCUCCUGAGGCAGCUCCCUGACUUAUCUACUCAUACAAAGAGGAACCUCCCAAUUCCACCCCUCCUUCAGCUGCUUGUGACAUUAAGAUUUCUUGGUACAGGUGCCACCCACAUCCUUGUUGGUGAUGAUGUGAAGAUUUCAAGAUCAACAGCAGGGCGAUGUAUAAGGCAGGUAUCGGCCCUUAUUGCAAAUUUGGCACCAAACUACAUCAGCUUUCCAAGGGGAGAUCAGGCGCGCCAAGUGAUGCUGGAGUUUGCACAUAUUGCAGGUUUUCCAAAAGUGUUGGGUUGUGUAGAUGGUACACAUGUUCGAAUAACCAAACCAUCAGGGCCUCAAGAGGCAGAUUUCGUAAACAGAAAACAGUACCAUUCAUUAAACGUGCAGAUGGUAUGUGACCCAGCUUUCAAAAUUACAAGCAUAUGUUGCAAUUGGCCAGGUGCAACUCAUGACAACCGGAUUUUCAAAAUGUCUUCAUUGUGCCAUCAAUUUGAACGAGGUGACCAUGAUGGGCUGUUACUGGGAGAUUCCGGGUACCAGUGCCGUCCUUUUGUUAUGACUCCGUUCAUCAACCCUGUUAAUCAAAAUGAGAAACGGUACAAUAAUGCAUUGUGCAGAACAAGAGUGCUGAUUGAGCAAACUUUUGGAUUCCUUAAAAAGAGAUUUCAAUGUUUGAAUUUUCUACGUACAAAACCAGAGGUGGCAGUAGUCUAUAUCAAAGCUGCAGUAACUCUGCACAACUAUGGUAUUGUAAGGGGAGAAGUUCUUGAAACACAGCAGAAUGUUGUGCAGGAAGCUGCUAACGUUGAACCUUGUCCUGCUGGAGGUGAUGGCUAUGCCAUGAGGGCACAUAUUGUGCAAACAUUUUUCAGCUAGGUAAGGUGCAAUUAAUUCAUAAUUGUUAGACUACUGAACUGAAAUGAAUUGGAUAAACAACUAAACAUAUAACAGUGUACAUUAGUUUAUAUACAUGAAUAAACAUUCUUAAACUUUAACAGUCCAUAUGUAAAUAAAACAAUUAAUAUUGUCCCACACAUACCUUCUUAAAAUCUCUCUCUCUCUCUCUCUCUCUCUCUCUCUCUCUCUCUCUCUCUCUCUCUCUCUCUCUCUCUC